UCACUUUUGAAAGCCUUCCUGUGCCUAUGACAUUGGACUCUGAAGUUGAUCCUGAGAAGUUUUCCAGUAGGAUAGAAUGUGAAAAUCCAAACAAUGACCUCAACAGAUUCCGAGGCUUCCUAGAACAUUCCAACAAAGAACGCGUGGGUCUCAGUAAAGAAAAUGUACUGCUCAGAGGGUGCACCGUCAGGAACACAGAGGCCGUUGUGGGCAUUGUGGUUUAUGCAGGCCAUGAAACCAAGGCAAUGCUGAACAACAGUGGUCCGAGGUACAAGCGCAGCAAAUUAGAAAGAAGAGCAAAUACAGAUGUCCUCUGGUGUGUCCUACUUUUGGUUUUGAUGUGUUUCACUGGUGCACUGGGUCAUGGAAUCUGGUUGAGUAGAUAUGAAAACAUACUCUUCUUUAAUAUCCCUGAGCCUGAUGGACAUGUCAUAUCACCAGUGUUGGCAGGAUUCUAUAUGUUUUGGACCAUGAUUAUUUUGUUACAGGUCUUGAUUCCCAUUUCUCUCUAUGUUUCCAUUGAAAUUGUGAAGCUUGGACAAAUAUAUUUUAUUCAAAGUGAUGUGGAUUUCUACAAUGAGAAAAUGGAUUCUACUGUUCAGUGCCGAGCCCUGAACAUCGCCGAGGAUCUUGGACAGAUUCAGUACCUCUUUUCUGAUAAGACAGGAACCCUCACUGAGAAUAAGAUGGUUUUUCGAAGAUGUAGUGUGGCAGGCUUUGAUUACUGCCAUGAAGAGAAUGCCAAGAGGUUAGAGUCCUAUCAGGAAGCAUCCUCUGAAGAUGAAGAUUUUGCAGGUGCUCCCAGCGGCUCCCUCAGCAAUAUGGCAAAACUGAAGGCCCCCAGCUGCAGGGCAGUUCAUAAUGGGCCUUUGGGAAGUAAAUCCCCAACUCAUCUUGCUGGGAGCUGUUUUACUCUAGGAAGUGGAGAAGGAGCCAGUGAAGUGCCUCACUCCAGGCAGGCUGCGUUCAGUAGCCCCAUUGAAACAGAUGUGGUACCAGACACCAGGCUUUUGGACAAAUUUAGUCAGAUUACACCUCAGUUUUUUACCCCAUUGGAUGAGACUAUUCCAAGUCUGCCACUGGAAACUUUGUACAUUGUCGACUUCUUUAUUGCAUUGGCAAUUUGCAACACAGUAGUGGUUUCUGCUCCAAACCAACCGCGACAAAAGAUUGGACUCUCUUCACUGAGUGGAAUGCCCAUUAAGUCCUUGGAAGAGAUUAAAAACCUCUUCCAGAGAUUGUCUGUGCGGAGAUCAAGCUCACCGUCUCUUGCCAGUGGGAAGGAGCCAUCUUCUGGGGUCCCAAACCCCUUUGUGAGCAGACUCUCUCUCUUCAGUCGAAUGAAACCUGUUUCACCUGUGGAGGAAGAGGUCUCUCAGAUGAGAGUGAGCCCCCAGGCCUCUAGUAACUCAGCUUGCCCUACAGAAGUGAAGAUACAAACUAGUGAUGCAGGUGUCACAAAUGGCAAGGCGGAAUCCCUCCCUGGACAGCCCUUAGCCUCCAACCUGUGUUACGAGGCCGAGAGCCCAGACGAAGCAGCCCUAGUGUAUGCCGCCAGGGCUUACCGGUGCACUUUGCAGUCCCGGACACCAGAGCAGGUCAUUGUGGACUUUGCUGCUUUGGGACCAUUAACGUUUCAACUCCUACAUAUCCUGCCCUUUGACUCAGUAAGAAAAAGAAUGUCUGUUGUGGUGCGGCACCCCCUUUCCAACCAAGUUGUGGUGUAUACAAAGGGGGCUGAUUCUGUGAUCAUGGAGCUGCUCUCCGUGGCUUCCCCAGAUGGAGCAAGUCUGGGAAACCAGGAGACGAUGAUAAGGGGGAGAACCCAGAAGCACCUGGAUGAGUAUGCCGAGCGCGGCCUGCGCACUCUGUGCAUAGCAAAGAGGGUCAUGAGUGACAGUGAAUAUACAGAGUGGCUAAGGAAUCAUUUUUUAGCUGAAACCAGCAUUGACAACAGGGAAGAUUUACUUCUUGAGUCUGCCAUGAGGUUGGAGAACAAACUAACCUUACUUGGUGCUACUGGCAUCGAGGAUCGUCUGCAGGAGGGAGUCCCUGAGUCUAUAGAAGCCCUUCACGAAGCUGGUAUCAAGAUCUGGAUGCUGACAGGGGACAAGCAGGAGACUGCUGUCAACAUAGCUUAUGCAUGCAAACUGCUGGCGCCAGAGGACAAGCUCUUUAUCCUCAAUACCCAAAGUAAAGAUGCCUGUGAGAUGCUAAUGGGCACAAUUUUGAAAGAACUUCAGAAGAAGAAUCCAGUCUCUGCCAAGCAAGCAUCAUUAAGUGAGGACUUACACCAGCCUCCUGCUGCCCAGGACUCAGGGCUGCAGGCUGGACUCAUUAUCACUGGGAAGACGCUGGAGUUUGCCCUGCAGGAGAGUCUGCAGAGGCAGUUCCUGGAGCUGACUGCUUGCUGUCAAGCUGUGGUCUGCUGCCGAGCCACGCCCCUGCAGAAGAGUGAGGUGGUGAAAUUGGUACGCAACCACCUCCGGGUGAUGACCCUGGCCAUCGGUGAUGGUGCCAAUGACGUCAGCAUGAUACAAGUGGCAGACGUUGGGAUAGGGAUCUCAGGUCAAGAAGGCAUGCAGGCUGUGAUGGCCAGUGACUUUGCUGUUUCUCAGUUUAAACAUCUCAGCAAGCUCCUUCUUGUCCAUGGGCACUGGUGUUACACACGGCUUUCCAACAUGAUUCUCUAUUUUUUCUACAAGAAUGUGGCCUACGUGAACCUCCUUUUCUGGUACCAGUUCUUUUGUGGGUUUUCAGGAACAUCCAUGACUGACUACUGGGUUUUGAUCUUCUUCAACCUACUUUUCACAUCUGCCCCUCCUGUCAUUUAUGGUGUUUUGGAGAAAGAUGUGUCUGCAGAGACCCUCAUGCAGCUGCCUGAACUUUACAAGAGUGGCCAGGGAUCAGAGGCAUACUUACCCCUUGCCUUCUGGAUCACCUUACUGGACGCGUUUUAUCAAAGCCUGGUCUGCUUCUUUGUGCCUUACUAUACCUACCAGGACUCAGAUAUUGACAUCUUUACAUUUGGAAACCCGCUGAAUACAGCUGCUCUGUUCAUCAUUAUCUUCCACCUGGUAAUCGAAAGCAAGAGUUUGACCUGGAUCCACAUGCUGGUCAUUGUUGGUAGCAUCUUGUCUUAUUUUGUCUUCACCUUGGCUUUUGGAGCCAUGUGUGUAACGUGCAACCCACCGUCCAACCCCUACAGGAUUAUGCAGGAGCACAUGCUGGACCCAAUGUUCUACUUAGUUUGUGUCCUCACAACUUGCGUUGCUCUUCUACCCAGGUUUAUAUACCGCAUUCUUCAGGGAUCCUUGUUUCCAUCUCCAAUUCUGAGGGCCAAGCACUUAGACAGACUGAUGCCAAAGGAGAGGACGGAAGCUCUCAAGAAGUGGAGAGGGGCUAGAAAGAUGACUCAAGUGACAUCUAAGUAUGCUGAUUACUCAGCUGACAAGUCAGAGAGAAGACCUAUGUCUGGUCCUUCUGCUGUCUUCGCAAUGAUGCCAGCAACUUCUUGUGCUGUUGAGCAAAGAAACUUAUCUCUAUGUGAAACUGCUUUAGACUCAGACUACUCUGAAACUAAGGCCUCAGGGAUGGCUGAACCCUCAAAGGGUUAAAAAAAUAUGGUACCCUACUUGGGGUUGCAAGUAUUCCUUCAGGUUUGGAAGAGGAACUUCGAAGAGGCACCUCCACUAAUCAGGGAUGACUUGGAUUUUCCUUAAGGUGCAUGAACAUUUUACUGGACUUGAAGGAGUGAAUGUGAUGACCUUUAUUGUAUGUUUAUAGAUACAUUUGUAAAAGAGGUUAGAGUUUGACCUGGACAGCAUUUAGGGAAGUGAAAUAUUUAAUUCAGAAUUAAAUGCUUUUAUGAAACUUUUUGGAUUUUGUAAAAGUAUUUUAGUUGUCUUAGAAAUGCAAACAUUUUCAAGGGGAUUCAUUUGAGAUAUAUUUAUUUUACUGGGAGAGCUCUGAUUCCAGGGAAAUGCUUUGAAUGAGCAUACUCUAAUUGAAUGAUUUUAAUUAAGAAAACAGUGUUUAGAUUGAUUAGUUAGAACUCAGAGGAAAUUUCCACAUGAAAAAAAUGUUAUCAAUGGUUUACAGAGAAAAAAUUACCAGGAGCCUUUUAAACAACAAUGUAUCCAAAAUUGGGUAAUAAUUCUACUAGUUGAAAUAUAGCUAGCAAUUAUUAAUAGCUUUUUAUUUCCUUUGGUCUUCUGACUGAAGAUGUUAGGCACACCUCUCUGCUCAUUUCAGUGUUCUCCUGAGGAGCCUGUAUUGGCAGGGGUGAGGGAUACCAAGGUUCCAUAGGAAUGUGUUCUUCUCUCGGCUUCCAGUCAGAAGAUGACCUUUUAUGAGGUCUGCCUUUGUGCAGGUGUUAUCAGCUGGGAAACAGAGGCCAAGGUAAGGAAGAGAGAAUCAACUGAGUCUACAGCCCCUUUGGCAAUUUUCUAUAUUCUGAAACUGACAAAAACAUGAUCAAAAUGAGGCAAUUUAAAAACAAUCUCAAGAGACUAUUUGAGGGUUCAUAGUCUUUAAAAUACCCAACAACUUUUCUUAUAUUGUAACCUCUAAAAAUGAGGUAUUAUAAUUUGAGACUAAUACAAGUGAUUCUCAGAGGAUCCCAUGAGAUUCUUAGAAAAAAAAAAUUACUUUUGAAAAUAUUUUAGGACAGAAAUGUCUAAAGCCAAGUAAUUGCUGCUGUAAAUCAUGUAAACUGGCUUUAGUUGGACCAAAGAAACUAAUGUUCCAUGUCUAAAUCAAGGUCUUCUUAACGACUAUUAAACUAUUAUUCUCAGGGUUCAAUAUUCUACCUGCUACCUACUGUCCUGGUCUGACACUUUUUGUAAACUUCUGUUAUUGCAAAUAGUCUUUUUUAUAUAGACUUAUUUCUAGAACUUUCAAAAUCCCAUAAGGCUAAUGGAGGUUGUGUUCUGUUUUCUUAUGAUUUUUUAAAAAAUAAACUGUUUGGCAAAUAACGUAUGAAAACUGUCAUCACUCCUAUAGAUAAAAGCAGCACUUGAUACCAGAACUUAGAUGAAAAUCCCAAAGCGCACCUUUUACUGGAAUAUUGUUUUGGCCUUUUCUUAUAUGGAAAAAUCAGUGAUGUCAUAUCAUCUAUUAUCCUCAUAGCAGCUGUCAUUCAUUCCCUGAGAUCAUCAUCUCCUGGUAAAUAAAAUUCUAGAGAUACACUCAUUUGUAAAUAAAGGGUUGGAAUCUAAGGAUGAAAAGAAUGAGCCAAAAAGAAAAAAAAAAGUCGGUCUCCAAGAUGUGAAGUGUCUGUACAUAUGAGUCGAGUCUUGAGUAUUCAUGUUAUGAGUCCACAAUUUCAAAACCCCAUGAGCUGUGAAACUGAAAAUUGCUUCAUAAAUUAGGUACAAAUUCAGUGUCCUAAACAGAUGUAAGGCUAUUUAUUUGAUAUAAUUAUACAUGUAUGUUGCUACAAAAAAUAUUUAUGUAUUUUAUUACUGGGUGCUAAACUGUAUUAUGUUUUUAAAAUCUUGAAAAAUUCUUGUUUUGGAAACACAUCUCCUGUCAGGCAAAAGAGACUUGGAAACUGUAUUAAACCUUUUAAAGGGUCUCAUUUACAAGUGAAUAGCUCUUUUACAAAAAGUUAUCCAAGGUGAUGCUAUCUGUUGCACUUGGGUAUGUUCAAUAUUUCACUAAAUUUAGGGGGACCAAGCAUUAUAUCAUUGCUCCUGGUAGCCAAGAAAAGUUGAUCAAUAGGACAUAUUUUGAGAUAUCAUUUUAUCCUGAAAGAUUUAUAAAAGAAUUAGAUCAGGUUCCCACAAUGUACUCUAGGCGUUAAAGAUUCCUACACUUCUACCAAGGCUGUUUUUCUUGAAAACUCAAAUCACAAAUGAGUGAUUUGGGACUAUUACCAACCUCUCAUUUUAGACUGAUCAAGGAGCCAUCUGUCACCUAAAAUGAUAGAACAUGUUCCUGUGAGAGUGAUGUGAGACAGGUAAAUUCUGAUUGUUGGGGAGCUGGGUGCCAACUAUUACAGUGGGGGACACAAUUUUCUGGGACUUGCUAUCCAUGUUCCAUUCCCAUAAAAAAAGAGUAUGCCAUUUUAUUUGUGUUGAGGGUUAUUUAAAAUAAGUACAAUAUGAAGGUAAGUUGAACGAGGCUAAAAGUUGUUACAUUAAGUAUAUACCUACAACUAAGGCAAAACUGACUGUAUGUUCUUCAAUUUUUACACAAUUGUGAUUGCAAAUUCACAUUCUCAGUAGGGUUAUAUAAACUACACAACAGGAGAUAAAUAACAUGGGAAAUGUCAAGACAACUUUUUGAAAUUGGAAUAUGUGUACACAUAGAAAAGAGUGCAAAAAUAGAUGUAGAAAAUAAAUUGCAGGUAGUCUCUCCAUGGAAUGCUGAGGCCAUCCAGGCUGCUGAUGGAGGUGAGGGAGGGAAUCCUACUUAUUCAAAAGGCAUUUGAAUGUUGAAAAAUGGAUGCCUAUUAAAUUAGGUACAUUUGAGGAGUUGUGGUUUGAAGCUUUUUAGUGGGGAAAAACAUUUUCAUAGCCACAAAUUAUUUCAGGAAUUCAUGUGUCUAAAGUGGUCUAGUACUUAAAAACAUUGUUAAAAUUUUGUUUUAAUUAUCAGUGGGAAGAAAUGGCAACACUGAAUUUAAACAUCUUUCUAGGAAAAGUCACAAAAUAUUUUACCAUUGUAGAGUCUUACUGGGCUUUGAGAUAUUAUUCCUUGCCUUUAUUAGUAUGGGUAAACGCAGGAAAACUGGAAUAUAUUGAUUUGGAGGUCGAAUGCAAUUUAAAAUUCUUUUUUAAAAAUUGUAUCUCUCCAGUCUAAAGCAAAUGCUCCUUUGACAGUUUUAUCUCAACUUCACUAGCACAGAGGCAGAACAAAUAUUUCCCAUGAAAAUUUUCCUACUUGGAAUCUGUCAGCCGACUGACAUCAGCCAUAUGGAAGGUUCUGUGGAGGCUUUUGUACAAAAUUAAUCCUUGAUUUAAAUUCCAAAUGGACAGGGCUAUAAUGUCAGGUGCUAAUGAUGAUGUCUAAAGAGCUCUGUGUCCAAAAUGUCUUGCUAUUUCAGCUACCUAGCUGGAUGCUAAUUGCUUUUGAUCCCUGUCUUUCAUACAUUCUCAGAAUUAUGCAAUUUUUGGAAGAGUAACAGUAAAUUAUUUAAACAGGUAAAUUAUCUUGGCUUUUAAUAAAUCAAAGGCAAGUCUCCAAAGUUAAUAUUGAAAUUUGCCACUCUGCUCCUGUGCUUGAGAAACAGAAGCUGUCCAAGAUUAGUCAGCCUGGAUCUCGAUGGCCCUUUUGUCAUUAAAGGGAAUUUUCUGUAACCCAUUACUCUAGUGGCUUCAUUAUUCCAAUUCUCUCCGGAGUUGGUAAUUUCCUGCUGCAGUCAAGGUUCAACUUGGUAAAAGAACAAAAUCUGCUUGGCUUUGUUUUUGUUUUUUUAAAGCCUUUCAUUGAACUUGAACUAAGAGGAAAACAUAAAAAAAAAAAA